UAUUUAUAUAUAUAAUACGUUUAUAUUUGUAUACGCAAUAUAUGCAUACAUGUGAGAGAUAAUUUGCUCCAACUGUCUGGAUUUUCUGUUCAUAAUCUGGAGUUUCAAUUUAAUUGCUCGGAUUUGUGUUAUUUUGAAUUGAACUGAUCUGGAUUUUUGGAGGAAGGCGAAUAUAGGGUUUGGAUUUCCGUCGGUGGAUUUGAUUUGAAUUGAGUUGGAGAAAUAUAGAGAGAAUGCUCCAGGAUUCUGGUUCGGAGGUGGAACCUGAAGAUUCUGAAUCCGAACCCGAGUUCGUUGAGAUCGAUCCUUCCGGUCGCUAUGGUCGGAUAUCGAGCAUUUGAUGAAUGGGAGGGAAUUGAAGUGGCAUGGAAUCAGGUUAAGGUCACGGAUUUGCUGAAGAAUUCUGUGGACUUGGAGCGUCUUUAUUCUGAAGUCCAUUUGCUGAAAACUCUCAAGCACAAGAACAUUAUCAAGUUCUACAACUCAUGGGUUGACACAAAGAAUGAGAAUAUCAACUUCAUUACUGAAAUAUUCACUUCAGGAACUUUAAGGCAGUAUCGAAAAAAACAUAAAAAGGUUGAAGUGAGAGCAUUGAAGAAUUGGUCUAGGCAGAUAUUAGAGGGGCUUUCCUAUCUUCACAGCCAUGAUCCUCCAAUUAUUCAUAGGGAUCUUAAGUGCGACAAUAUAUUUGUAAAUGGUAACCAAGGUGAGGUGAAAAUUGGUGACUUAGGACUGGCUGCCAUUCUGCGUAAGGCUCGUUCUGCUCACAGUGUCAUUGGCACACCGGAGUUCAUGGCACCAGAACUCUAUGAGGAGGAAUAUAAUGAACUUGUAGACAUAUAUGCCUUUGGUAUGUGCUUGCUGGAGCUUGUGACUUUUGAAUAUCCAUAUGUUGAGUGUGCCAAUGCUGCUCAAAUAUUCAAGAAAGUGACAGCAGGAGUCAAGCCAGCAUCAUUGGCAAAGGUGAAGAAUCCAGGAGUGAAAGAAUUUAUUGAGAAGUGUAUUGCAAGAGUCUCUGAACGAUUGUCUGCCAAGGAACUAUUAAUGGAUCCUUUUCUCCUGACAGAUGACGAUUCUGGAAGCUUAGCUCGAUCGCCGUUUAUUCCACACUAUGCAGAUAGUCAUCGCAGUUAUGAACUCAACAGUUCGAAGGCUCCAGUGCCUGAGGGAGGCCGAGACUUUACAGUGCAGGGUCAAAGGAAGGACUUGAAUACAAUAUUCUUGAAACUACGAAUUGCUGAUUCAUCAGGUCAUAUCCGGAACAUUCAUUUCCCAUUUGAUAUCCAAGUUGACACCGCAAAUGCUGUUGCUAGCGAAAUGGUUGAGGAGCUGGACCUGACAGACCAAGAUGUUUCAGCAAUUGCUGCAAUGAUUGAUGCUGAAAUUAGGUCGUACAUUCCAGAUUGGGCACCAAUAGAGAGAUCUGAUGAUCAUAUUGCAGACGAACAUACUAUUUCUGAUGCUGCUACUUUUGCCAGUCAUGAUGAAUUAUCAACAAUUGAGUGCACCCGCACUGCAGGUCUUGUAUUGGAAAAGCUUCCUUCUGGUCGUAAGUACUGGUCUGAUUCACCCAAGACUACUAGUCCUGCGAACUCUCCACUCCGGCCAUUAAGGGCUGGUUCACCAUAUGCUGAAGAAAAUGAAAAACCAUUGCCACAUAGUGAGAAAGAUGAGAGUGGUUCACCAAAUGCUGCUGCUGCAAAUGAGCAUCUGGAAACUGAGUCUAAUACUGAUAAUUAUAUGGAACAAGAAGUAAGUGCACUCCGAAAUUCUUACAUGGGUGAAAUUGAUCAUUCUGCUGAUCUGGUUUUUGCAAAUGGGCCUAAUCAAUUGGGUAUGCAAAAUGCAACAUCUUACAAGACUUAUUCUGAUCUCACGAAAAGAACUGUGCAGAAACUUGAGCAGCUGAUGUUUGAGCAGCGAAAGGAGCUUGAAGAACUUAAAAAGAAACAUGAAAUGGCUAUCUUAAGUUUAGUGGAGGAACUUCCCCGAGAGGUUCGUUAUGGGGUUCUUGCUAUUUGUGGCAAGCAGAUCUCUGUCUGUAGGCCAGAGUAUGAGAGAUGAUAUUCUACUAAGAACUCUACAGAUCAAAAGUGCUUCGUAGUGAAAGCGCUUGAGAUUCCAACUAAACCAUUGAAUAGCCAUCGAUAGUUCUUUGAUCAUGCCAGUCAUCAUUCUCAUUUCAAAUGGUUUCGGGACAUUGCAGAAUGCGGAGGAACGUACACUGCAGGGGUUAACAUAAACACCGGUUAAGGUAUUACCGAGGUUUUGUUAGUUGAAUUUACAAAACCUUCUGAGAUUAUGACAGCAUGGCUUUUCGUUUUCCUUUGUUACUACUCAGCUCGUUCAGAGCGCAACUUUGCUCAUUCCACUAAGCAAAGCGGCAUUUUGCUCUCUCCAUUGAGGUUUUGUCAAAUGCCUGAAUAGGUUCCUAACUCACACUCCCCCGUCCUUUUUAUAGAUAAAAUAGGCAUUUAAAUUUCAAUUAAAUGUAUAAUACGUGUACAUAUGAGCUGUAUUGGCAACUGGAUUGGUUGCUCAUGACGUUUGAGAUAUUACUGGUUUGUUGGUUCUGAAAUGAAAUGGUUGUUUUGAUUUUAUUCAAAAAA